UCCUCACUCCCUCCUCUCCCUGCUCUUUGGGUCGCCUGAGGAAGGAUGCUGAGGAAGCCACUCCCGCCGGCAGAAGGUGGCUUUCAUAGAGGCUGGGGGGCUGAGGUGGGACGCCUGCUUGGCUUCUCCGUCCGGCGUGGCUGCGAGGGAGCCUCCGAGGGUCUCACCUUCCUGCUGCUCUAACCGGGGAAGGAGAGGCUGGCCCUGGAUGGGACUGUGGACUCUUCGUCGUCGUCCUCCUCCUCCUCCGUGGCUUCCCUGGUGGGGAACCUGCGCAGCUUCAGCACCACGGACAGCACCCUCGCCUAAACAGCUUCAGUGCCAGGGACAGCUCCCCCUCGUAGGUGGCAUAAGCACCAGGGGCAGGGCUUUUCUCUUGCCCGGUUUCAGCACCACGGACAGGUCCCCUCCGCAGGUGUCUUCAGUACCGCGGACGGGUCCUUUCUCAUGGGCAGCUCCCCCUCAUAGGCUAUUUCCACAUCAGGGACAGGGUUUUUUAACCAGGCCAGUUUCAGCACCAAGGACAGCACUCCCUUAGUCUACUUCAGCAGCAGGGCCAGGUCUUUUCUCCUACCCAGUGUCAGCGCCCAGGACAACUCACUUCUCCGUCCUUAGGGACCCUUCUUGAGGGCUAGGAGGGACACCCAAGAGCAUGGCAUCCGGGAGCUGGAACCUGAGUGAGCCCAACAGCACCCAGCUCUGGUGUGGCGGUGGCGGCGGCCCCAAUGGCACCCCAGGGGGCCGCGGGGGCGGCCCCUGCACCCCAGGCAGCCCUUCCAUGGUCACGGCCAUCGUCAUCAUGGCUCUCUAUUCUGUCGUCUGCGUGGUGGGACUCUUUGGCAACUUCUUGGUCAUGUAUGUCAUCAUCAGAUAUACCAAAAUGAAGACAGCCACCAACAUCUAUAUUUUCAACCUUGCCCUGGCAGAUGCCUUAGCAACAAGCACACUGCCUUUCCAAAGUGUGAAUUACCUCCUGGGAACAUGGCCAUUUGGUACCACUAUUUGUAAGAUUGUUAUAUCCAUAGAUUACUACAACAUGUUCACAAGUAUUUUCACCCUCUGUACAAUGAGUGUGGAUCGCUACAUAGCCGUUUGCCACCCUGUCAAGGCUCUGGAUUUCCGUACCCCGAGAAAUGCCAAAAUUGUUAAUGUCUGCAACUGGAUUGUUUCUUCAGCCAUUGGCAUCCCAGUUAUGGUGAUGGCGACCACAAAAGAGAGCAAUGGAUCUGUUGAUUGUACACUUACAUUCUCACAUCCAGCAUGGUACUGGGAAAACCUACUGAAAAUCUGUGUUUUCAUCUUUGCCUUCAUUAUGCCAGUCUUAAUCAUUACAGUGUGCUAUGGACUCAUGAUUUUACGCCUAAAGAGUGUGCGAAUGCUCUCUGGCUCUAAGGAAAAGGACAGGAAUCUCCGAAGGAUCACCAGGAUGGUGCUCGUAGUAGUGGCUGUCUUCAUUAUCUGCUGGACCCCCAUUCAUAUUUAUGUGAUCAUUAAAGCACUGGUCCAUAUUCCUGAAACUACUUUCCAGACAGUAUCCUGGCAUGUCUGCAUUGCUUUAGGGUAUACAAAUAGCUGCCUUAAUCCCGUCCUUUAUGCAUUUCUAGAUGAGAACUUCAAAAGGUGUUUCAGAGAAUUUUGCAUUCCAACAGCUUCAACCAUUGAGCAACAAAACUCCACCCGUGUUCGACAAAACACUCGUGACCAUGCUUCCACUGCCAACACAGUGGAUAGAACUAACCAGCAGUUGGAACUUCUGGAAGCUGACACCACGCCACAGCCAUGACAGCCUCCCCUCCCCAACCAAAGCCAGUGCCACUGAGUGGCAGUAUUAUUUGUGGCAGGAAAAUGCAGGAGGUGGAUUGUUCCCCAUCUCUUGCUCACCCCACCUUAAAGCAACUAUCUACCUAACUAAAAUCUGUAUCAGAAUGGUUUGCCCCCAAGGCCAGUUUCCAUUCUGUAUUUUGGAAUCAAAGAACUUCAAAAUAAAGUCAGAUCAAAUGAGAUCUUGAUUCCUAUCCUCUAAUUUACUAAUGUACAGUCCCUACGAAUGUACCCAUUGCAAACAUAAUGGAUCUUGGGAUUGGGCCCACUUUUUUUUAAAACCAGUGUCUAACUGUAGUAGAACAAAAUCAAACUAAUCACUCCCUGUCCUUUUAGAACCAAAAAAAUGUAAGAUAAUGGGGAAGACAACAUGAAGGAGAUUAUUAGUUAGUAGUGUAUCCUGUGUAUUUGGAUGUAGGGAUUUAAGUAUUUCUUUUAAUGCAUGUAUAUUUUGUCAUAUAAUAUUUUGUAAUCAUACAAAUAUUCAUUGCAUAUAAUUGUUUUAUGGAGAGGAUCUCUUACAAGCUACCUACCAUAACAAGACAGAUUAAAGCUACCUCUGAGAUUUUUUAAAUGUAUUAGAUGAAACUGAAGUCCUCCAUUUCAUUAAGAACAAAAUUUCAUCAAGCAUCUCCAUCCACAUUCUGUCUUGACUUGAACAUAAAAAGUAUCCUUCCCUACAUGUGUACAAGUAUUUGAACUGUAAGAUUAUAGAAUGUUCCUUUGAGGCAGUAGAUGAUGGAGUAUGUGAACAUGAACAAGAAAAGUUGUUAUGUUGUUUCUGAAUUUAUGUAUAUAAAGCAGAGAAACACAAUAUGCCAUGUAAAUACCAUUGUUGAUCUUUCUACAGCGCUACCAUUUUGGAAGCAAAACACAUGAUGAUGUUCCAUUUUUAAAGGCCUCAUUUCUCUAGCUUGACUUUGUUCAAAUAGCCUGGUGUAUGUGAAGAACCUUUACAUUUAAAUGAUAGAGUAGCUUGUGUGUAUAUACUAUUAUAAGUGAUAAAUAAUCUCUCUGUGUUAUGUCUGUGUAUAAUUAUAAGUGUUAAAUAGUGAAGCAUUUAUAAGUAUACUUUAAAAAUGUAUUACCUAAGCAGCAAGAAAUUACACAUUUCCUUUAAAACUAACACAGCUUUGUGUACAUGUACCAUGUAAGCUAUUCUGUUCCAUUAACAAUGCUGUCAUCUGAAUUUCAGUUUUAUAACAGCUAAAGUAAUUAGCUUACAAAAGCUUUCUCUGUCAAAAUAAUAGCAACAAUCUUGUCUCUGGCAUAAGCAAUGAUAAUAAUCACAUAGAUAAUUUGUAGCUAUAUAAUAUUUUAUAUUUGCUGUUCAGUGUAUGCUAUAAUUAAAUGGACAAUAAUUACCCAGGAAGCAAAAAGCAUUUAGAUGAAUUUGUGUGCAUUGUAACGAAGAUCAUAGCCAUUCCUUCAUCUUCUUUUUUUUUUUUUAAAUUCUACAAUUGCAUUUUCCUUGCUGCUUUUUUGCUCAAUUAUAUAAGUGGCAUCUAUUGUUUUAAAAAAAAAGCAAACAUUUGUAAAGAAGUCCACUCCUUAUCGUGAGUUAAAAGCUGAUGUUCAAUUAAUUAUGUAAGAUCAAUUAAUUAUUAAUGUGUACAGGGCUAUGUAAACAAUGUCUAUGAAAAAGUG